UUCACUUGGAGAAUCAUUGAUCUAAAAACAUCUUGAUUUCAGAACGCUUUUUUUGACCUGGAAUUAUCUGUUAUUGACCACAGAGAGUUGCUACUGACGACUCCUGGGACAGGGCCAUGUAUAGUGAGAGGCCUCCAGGGAUGAAUAUCUUCUACCUACUCCUGGCCACCCUGCUGGUCUCCCUGUGCUUCCUCACUCCCAACAGCCACCUGGCACCUGAAGAAAAGCCCAGGGAUGACAGGAGCCUAAGGGACAAUUCCUCCGUGAAAAUAUUGGAUUUCCCUUCUGUCUCUAUUGUAGCACUGAACAAGAAAUCCAAAAGGAUCAGUAGAAAAGAGGCGGAAAAGAAGAAAUCUUCCAAGAGAAACUCUUCCAAGAAGACCGUGGCUCGGCCUGGCCCCCGCCACCCACCCUGCGUGGCUACUCGAGCGAGCUGCAAGUCGCCGGCACCCGCCUGCUGUGACCCCUGCGCCUCCUGCCAGUGCCGCUUCUUCCGUAGCACCUGCUCCUGCCUCGUGCUCCGCCCCGUCUGCUGA